UAGAGUCUGGAAACUUGCAGGUUAAAAUGCAGAGAACUUUGCAGGACAGAUGGAGAGUUCGUUAUGAGCCAGCUGACAGCUUACUUAAAAACACAACCCAGUAGUUUUCAACUGAAGGAUGCUUCUAUCAGUAAAGUUGUACAAAGGCCAGCAGUACUCAGCUUUAAAAAAAGAAUGCCGUCAGCACCAUCGAUUGUUUGAGGACCCUCAUUUUCCUGCUACGAAUGAGUCGCUGUUUUAUUCCAAGUCCCCUCCAGGACCAAUUGAGUGGAAACGGCCACAGGAGCUGUGUGAAUCCCCUCAUCUAUUUGUCAAUGGAAUCAGUUCACAUGAUCUGCACCAAGGGAAACUGGGGAAUUGCUGGUUUGUGGCUGCUUGUUCCUGUUUAGCCCUUCGGGACAGCCUGUGGCAAAAGGUUAUUCCAGACUGGAAAAAGCAGGACUGGGACUCAAAAAAGCCGAAUAGUCAUGCAGGCAUCUUUCACUUCCGAUUUUGGCGCUUUGCCGAAUGGAUUGAUGUUGUGAUUGACGAUCGUCUUCCGACAAUGAAUGAGAAGCUCCUAUUUUGUCACUCUAACUCUAAAGAGGAGUUCUGGAGUGCACUCCUGGAGAAGGCAUAUGCAAAGUUGUCCGGAUGCUAUGAAGCCCUGGAUGGAGGGAACACUGGCGAUGCGAUCGUCGAUUUCACUGCCUCAGUAGCAGAAACCAUAGACCUGCAAGAAAUCAACUAUGCAAAAGACAGCGUCAAAAGGCUGAAGCUGUUUGAGAAGCUGUUGAAAGUGUACAACCGAGGAGGGCUGAUCAGCUGUUCUAUCCAUUUAAAAUCUGACAGCAAACUGGAACCCAGCAAGUUGCAGGGACUGGAGAUUAGCCAUUCAUAUUCUGUGACAAAAGUGCAGAAAAUUCGACUGGGUAACACUGCAGAAAAAUUGUUUAUGAUCAAAAUGAGGAAUCCUUGGGGAAGAGGCGAGUGGUUGGGCCCAUGGAGUGAUAAUUCAAAGGAGUGGCAGAAAGUCAGCAAAAAAGAGCGUAAAGCCAUUGGUAUUGAAGUUAAGAAUGAUGGAGAAUUCUGGAUGGCAUUUGAAGACUGGUAUAAAUACAUCACCAACGUGAUAGUUUGUCGACUGAUAAACACAUCUUACCUGAGUAUUCGCAAGACCUGGGACGAGGUGAUCCUGCGUGGGGCUUGGGCCAGGCAUGAGGACCCAUUACUGAGCCGUGCAGGUGGCUGCACAAAUUUCCUGGACACAUUCCUGAAAAAUCCACAGUAUGUGUUUGAUGUCAUGAAGGAUGAGGAUGAGGUGCUUAUUUCAUUGCAGCAGAGAGACAAACGCAUUCACAGGAAAGAAGGCAAAGGAGAGAAUCUGGUCAUUGGUUUCAGCAUCCACAAGGUGGAACUCAACCGAGAGUACAGAUUGCACAGUUUGUAUCAGAAAGUGGCUGGGUCAAUCUACAUCAACACACGAAGUGUCUUUCUGCGAACAGACCUGAAAAAAGGACGUUAUGCCAUCAUCCCGACUACCUACAACCCAAAUUUGGAGGGAGAUUUUCUACUGAGGAUCUACACAGACGUGGCCUCUGGAUGCAGGGAGCUGACCUUUGAGAAGCCACAGGUGACAUGUUGGAACAUUGUUAUUCGUUAUCCACGGAUUGUCACCCAGCUGCAGCUUCACCAUGCAACAGACCUACCAAAGCAGAAUUCGUCUGGAGGAGCAAACUCAUAUGCAGUUUUUAAAUGUGAAUAUCGCAAAAUCCGUACAGCUGUUUUUGAAGACACACUGAAUCCUCAAUUUGAUACCCAGGUCAUUUUUUACAGGAGAAAUCCAAAGCUCCCAAUAAUCAUCCAGAUUUGGAACAGCAACAAACUGUGUGAUACGUUAAUUGGUGAGGUAACCGUUGAAGAAUCCCAAGAUAACCCCAGGAGUCAGCAGAUCCUGCAACUUCAGACAAAGGACAGACAGGAAAAUGAGAUGCCAAGUAGCAUUACCAUCACUGUCAUCAGCAGCAACAACCUCGGGGCAUUGUGAAAAAUGAAGACUGUUGAAAUAAUAUCACUGAGAACAGGAUCUCAACCACAUCCUUUGUUUCUUUGGAACAGAGUUUGGCGAUUUGAAUAACCCUGCUAUAUGAAAGAACCUGUUGGCACUCAUUUUCUGUUCUCCACGUUGCCCAGCCCAAAAACAAAAGAAUUCCUAAUUAACUAUAUAGUUUAAAAGAAUAAAUGUCUUAUUAAUUAUUAUUUUGUGGUGGCAACAGCCAACAUUUCACUCCAUUGAUUCAUAAAUAUUAUUAGAUCAAACUACCGAGAAUUUUAUAGAGUUAGGCAGUAUUACUAGGAAUGAUUGUGAAAGGCAUACACCUGUAAUUCCCUAGAACAAGUUGUGUUUCUGACCUUUUUCGGUGUAAGUGUGGGUCUUACAUCCUGAAAGAGAUUAGCCAACUUGCUCCCAACUGACCUAAUAUAUGCUAGAGAUGUGUUGCAAAUUUGGGUCUACCUUAGAUAUAUUCUUGGGUUUGUUGGUUUCAAUGUGCCUCACCUAAGCUGUUUGCACAUCUUACUGUUAAUAGGAGCUGAUUCAUACACUACUUUACUCUUAUAUCUACAUAUAAGCAAGAAGCAUAAUAAUGUUCAUUUGUGAUCCAAACCGGAUAUCCGUGUCUUUCACAUGAGCAAUUUUCCAAUCUCCUCAAAGGCAGAAUGAACAAACAUUUGCUGGGCAAGACUCAUUCCCCAGAGAGGAAUAAUAUACAGACCAGCAUUUAUGAUUGGACUCACAUUAAUCAAAACAGUACACCCUGUCUUCACAUAGUGAUACAAAAUAAGGUGUCUGUCAUACUUACCCACAUAAUGAUCAGUAUGUGGCCUAGCAACUCAAAAGUUUUACAAUUGUCAUUAAAUAACCAGAUUAUUCAAUUGUCCAAAACUAUUUCCAGAAAAUUGCACCUUAACAUUACACAGCAAAAAGCUUUAUAGUCUAUUAUUUCUUUGCUUUCCAGUCACAUCUGCCAUGUAUCUUCAGGAUGUAUUUUCAUUUCCCUAUUUGUGCUGCUAAUUUUCUUCGUUAUUUUCUUUAAUUUUAUCUAUGCACAAAUCAUAAGGUCCAAGAUUUUCCACUUAAUAAUGUUGCAAGUUAAUUCUUAACCAUCUGGUAAUCACCUAGCAAUUCAAAUGCCUGAAUAAAAUGAUCAAUAUUACUCUUUCUUUAAAAUUUGGAAUUAGAUUUCAAUCAAUAGACUGUCAGCCACAAGAUCUGUGAACCCACUACCACACUCGCUGCUGAUGCAUAGUUCUCUGCUAGUUUAAGAAUGUGAUAAUGCUCCUGUCAGAUUCAUGUUAACAUUUGUUUCUAAGCCAUUCAUUUUAAAUUCAUAUUGUUUGCUCUAUCUAAUUCCUCUGACUCUUAUUGUUCAUCUUGUCAAUGUCACUCCAGCUCCAAUUGUAAUUGAAAUUUCCUUUGUGUUUUCCUUGACUAUUAACCUCACUAACUCUUCUGCAUUCUUCUGCUUUUGAAAAUUUUAAUUCUUGGUUCUAUUGCUUUAUUUCACUGUAAGGUAAACAUAGAGAACAACAGUUAUGAUUGGACUUGCUUUAAUCAAAACAUUGCAAUCUAUUGGGCUGAAUCAAUAGUCAAUACAAAAUAAAAAAAAAUAGAUAUCUA